CCAACCUGACGGAGGUAACAACCCGUUGUACCUAUUUUAAAUCUUCCGCAAACCCGCUAGUCCAGCUGCCGCCGCUUUAACGGCAAUUUAGAAGCCGAGCGGCUGCGGACACUAUGGACAUCGAUUGGUCUUCAUGGUGAAAAUCAGCCCAUGAGGAAGACACAGGCAACCGCAUACCUAGUUCCUUAUCCACUGUGCUUGCUAGGCAUCUUCGAAUCUUCCAUCGAGGGCGCUAUUUCAUCCUCGGUAUACUCAAAUCCGACGCCAGAAGUGGUGCAAGCCAGGGACUCGGUUCUAUCAUUGGCUUGCCAGUUCCAGGUGGGGUCGCCUACUGGCCUUGGUCUCCGCGCCAAGCAUCUUCUAACAUCAAUGGGUACGUAUCUAGGGCAAGAAAGAGAACCCCAGCUGCAGAAUUUACUAUGUGGCCAAUUUGUGAGGGUAACCCAAUCAAUCAUAUCUUCGCUAAUUCCUAGAAGAUCAUGCGGAUCGGUGGCAUCGGAGCUGGCAUUGGGAAGUCCUGUCGAAUUCAGAAUCACCUGCCUUUCAUCUGUCUGAAAUCAACAGCUGCUGCCUCUGCUCAGAUACUAUGCAGGCCAACCCAUGGAGUAUUUGACUCGAAAGCCCACUUCCUGCGAAUGAUAAC